CAGUUUUCCCGCUGUCUCCAUUUUAUAAUGAUUUCUAGUUUACUUUAACAUUUCUUGAAUUAUUUGUUCACCUUCUUUUCUUACAUUCUGCAUCCAACCAAUCGCCAUUUCGAGUGUUUCCUUUUCCAAGUUGCAGCAAAGCCAUCAAAUAUCGAGCAAAACAGAUACUUCACACUGUUUUUAACCUUCAAGAAGCCUACUUAUUAAUACCAAUCUCUACAGGCUAUAUUGCUACUUUUUCAGUUUCAGAAGGAUUUGUCAAAGUGUGGACACGUGCAGGCUUUACAUUUUUUUAAGCUAGACAUGCGUGUGGCAGUGAUCGGAGCUGGGGUCAGUGGCCUGUCCACUGCUCAAAGCAUCUAUGAGCAGUACCACUCCAUAGUCAGUCCACUGACCAUUGAGGUGUAUGCGGACCGCUUCACCCCACUGACCACCAGCGAUGGGGCUGCAGGAUUCUGGCAGCCAUACCUCUACGACAAGGGCAAUGUCCAGGAGACUAAAUGGUGUAAGGAGACGUUUGACUACCUGCUGAGCUUCCUGAGCUCCCCGGACUCUAUCAAAAUGGGGAUUUUCCUCCAGUCUGGCUACAACCUUUGCAGUGAGCCUGCACCAGAUCCCUCUUUUAAAGAUAGUGUGUUGGGCUUCAGACAGCUUACCAAACGAGAGCUGGAGCUGUUUCCUGCAUACUGCUAUGGGUGGUUCAACACUGCUCUCAUGGUGGAGGGAAAAAGUUACUUGCCUUGGCUGAUGGACUGGUUACAGAAGCGAGGUGUGAAAUUUUACCAGAGGAGGAUAGAGUCCUUCAAAGUGCUUGCGGAGAGUGGGGCAGACGUCAUCAUCAACUGCACAGGAGUGAGGUCAGGGGACCUCCAGCCUGACCCUGACCUCACACCAGGCCGUGGGCAGAUACUGAAGGUGGAUGCUCCAUGGCUUAAGCAUUGGAUCCUCACCCACAAUUUCACUGCUGGAACCUACAAUUCACCGUACAUUAUACCAGGGAGUCGUUCAGUGGUUGUUGGUGGGUGUUUCCAGCUGGGGAACUGGAGUGAGCAGAACAACUCUGAGGACCACAAGGCGAUAUGGGAGGGGGCCUGCCAGCUGGAGCCCAGCCUCAAGCAUGCCCGGAUAGUGGAGGACUGGUCAGGGCUCAGGCCUGUUCGUAGUAAAGUCCGACUGGAGAGGGAAACCAUGCAGUCUGGACCAAUCACAUUUGAGGUGAUCCACAACUAUGGCCAUGGAGGGUUCGGAUUGACCAUCCACCGAGGCUGUGCCCAGGAGGCAGCUCGGCUCUUGGGGGAGAUAUUGGAGCUGAAGGGCUGGGAGCCCAGGUCUCGUUUGUAAACUAGUGGUUUAUUACCUAAACAGCAGUGGCAUCAGUAUCUCUCACAUGUCUGUAUGGGACCAUUUUAACAUCAGAACGGUUUGCGAAGGAACCCGCAUAGGAAACUCCUGAGGCCUUCAGACAACAGUGAGGGUUCAUUCAUAUUUGCAAGAGAACAACUCUAAAUCAGAGUUUAGGUGGUGGAGUACCUGAUUAACCCAAAACCAGCUAACUUGGAACACAAAGACUACCAGCCAGCCUUAAAAUGGUUUCAUGCCAGCCAUCAGGAUUGCUUUUAUUGAAUGUCAAUUUCCUUUGUUGUGUAGUCAUAACUAUUAGCUAAUCGAUUUAAAUCUAUUUUGAAAAGUUAAGAUUUUAUAUUGUAGUUAAAGAGAUGCUAAUAUAUAACAUAUUGAACCAAUAAAAUGUUUUCCAAAAAUGUGAUAAGCAAAUCUUACAAAUGUGACAUAAAAAUAGAAGUGCAAUAUCAAACUAAAAUGUCAAGAUAUCUUAUUAAUAAUGUUCUAUCGUGAGUUCUAAAAACAUAUGAAGUUUGAAAAUGAAUGAAGAAAUAAAUACUUCCACAAUCCAA